UAUAUAAUGCGGGUGCCGGUGCCGCUGAAGCAUGUAGCUAGCUCUGGUAUCGUGUAUACGCACGUUUGUACGUACCUAGACGAACUGGUAGUAGUUGUACUCUGCAUGCAUGAUAUGCAGCAGUGAAGUGUCGCCGCGCCGGUGCUUUACCUGAUUUAUUUGUACGAAUUAGGAACUGGGACAACCGGUACGGUCACAUAAACGUUGUAAUAAAUAUGUAUCGUUCUAAAGGUGGUCAUUCGAGCCGCAAGGCAGGCAGAUCCGAGAGCCUGUUUUGCAACUACCCUCACCGCAUCUGCAUGCAAGACCGCUAUGAGGGAUACGAAUACUGUAUGAACCACAUUCUAGAAGACAAGUCUUCUUCAUUUAAGCAGUGCAACUUUGUAUCUACCAAGACUGGACAGAAAUGCCAUAAGCCUGCCCCAAAGGCUGAUCGCAAAGAGGGGUAUUGCCCAGCCCAUGCUAGGAAGGCAUCGCAGAUGAGACAUAAGGCCGCCUUGAAAGCCAAACCCACCGAUGUUGUCAAAGAUACUCUAGAUGAAUUAGACUAUUACCGACCAGCUUCCAUCAAAUCUGUUCCAGAGGUUCCUUCUUCUCUUGCAACCAAGAUCUUAGAUUAUGGGAGUGAGAGUGAAAGUGAAGGUGAUCCUUUGAUGUUGGAGCAAGGAUGGAGAGGAACUACAGACAGUGAUGCAGAAAGUGUAGACAGUGAACAGGAAGAUGCUCUCAAGUAUGCCGGAGUGUAUACUGCAGAGGAAGCUGCUCUCAUUACAAGGGAUAAGUUGAUCCGUCUGCAGUCAUUAUACAUCAAUCAGUUCAAGAAAUUACAGCAUGUCAUGAAAGAGAAGAGGCGAAGUUACCUGGUAGCUCUCAGACAAGAGAGGGAAGCAUUCGGGAUUGACUUUGGAGUGAUAACAGACCCCAAGCAAAAGCGAAAGUUCCGCGAGUACCAGGCAGCAAGAGGGUUCCGAAGAAGGAGAGGUAAAGAAGCUUUGCUAUACCAGAAGUCCAAGCAGAGGCGUAUCCAGGCCACAGCAGACUACCAAGGCAGACGGAAUGUACCUCUCAUGCUCCAGUGUUGUCACAAGUCAUGUGAGGGAGAGCAGUGCAGCAAGUUCAGCUUGCCUCUGGCAAAGUUCUGCAAGGAUCAUAUUCUCAUGGACCCCAAACAAGUCCUGUACUCUGAGUGCUCAAAAGGAGGUAAAGUUUGUGACAAGCCUGCGUCCCCCAUGUCACAAGAUGAAAGCUGUCUGUUGCAUAUGGGUUUACCACAACACAAACCUUUUAAACCCUAUGAACCUGAACCUCCUCCACCUCCUCCCCAGCCCAAACCCUCUCCCCCACCAACCAUCAUACCCAUCCCAGAAGCAAUGCUCCCACCAGCACCCAUCCUCCCAUCCCAGUUGGACUCACAAAUAGACCAGCUCCUGCAGUUUCAGCCACACUUCCUGGAGCAACAGCUUCAGCAGCAUGUCUAUGAUGCCUCGCAGUAUAUGGGUUCUUUCGCUCCACCUGAUGUUGAUGUGGUCUCUCAGAGGGAAGCUUCCAUGGAUACCAGUGCCUCACCAGCCAAGCGAGGGAAGAACAUUGAAGAUGAAUUAGAUGAUGAUACAAACACCCCUGGGGAAAUCCAUGGCAACCCCAGUGAAGAACAUUCUAAUGCCAAGCCUGAUGCACAAACAGAUGUUCAUGUAGAUGUUGAGACAGAUUCAGAUGUGCUGCCUCCUGUGUUAGAGCCUCAGCAAAAACCCAACUGUGACAAGCCUGCAGCCCAACAGUCUAAUCAUGUAGAAUCUCCAACAUUUCCCAAAGCUGAGGAUGUGAAAGAUGCUAUGAAUACACAACCAAUAGUAGAAACUGUUGAUCAGCAAUCCCCAGUAAAAGAUGAAGGAAGUGAAAAAUCAUCACUUGGUGGGGUUGCUGAUACAAUGGCCUUCCCAGAAGGAGAAACCCAACCAGCCUAUGAGUUGGAUGCUUCAAGCAUGGUACAGUCGGGGACCAGUGCUAACCUCUCUGCUGAUGAGAAGAUGGAUGAGGAGACUGCUCUCACAGUUCACCGAGCUACAGGAGACCAUAAUUACAACCAGCAACCUUUUGACAUGUCAGAGUCUGCUGACCCUAUCAUUGAUGUCACAUGAUCAUGACAAAAUGAUCCAAAGACUAUUACGGUAGUCUAUAAACAUGUUUAUAUAUCUCUUUCAUGAUAGCUCAAUCAAGAAAAUUUGUCAUGCCUGUAAACAUGUAUGUAUCUUGCAUAGCCAAUGAACUGAGUAGAUUUGGGGGUCAUGAGGUCCAAGGUCAUGGGGCUCAUUAUGGAUGCAAAAGUAGCUUGUGA